AAACCGGCUUACACUUCCUAAUGCUCCCCGAUCUUCCCUCGCUUACAAACUGGAUUUGCAUUUUCAUUCGCAUUCUGCUGUAGUUCGCGGAUCCUCAGUUUGGCUUGAACUCUGGAGCAGGAAUGUUGCCCACUGCCAAUUGGGUUGUGCCGCUUUUUCUGUGGUUCCUCUGCGGGGGAAUUCCCUUUCUGGAUGGCGCCGAUCUGUGCCAGCCCAUCGGUUGGCGGAACUUCCAGUGCAACGAGGUGGCUUCCCUACAGGAUCUGGUGGAUUUGGGGGCAGAAAAUUGGCAUACUCUGUCCGUACGAAAUGUGCAAACUGAACUAGAGGUGGGAUCAGGUGAAAAUGCAGAGCACUUAGCCAACUUGGUGGAACUAGACCUAACUUCAGCAGCUCCAAUAAAUCUUCACACGAGUGGCUUUUCCAUUCUGCCCAACCUGCGGUAUCUGAACCUCAGUGGUUGCGGUCUGUCCGAAAUGCAGGGAAACCACUUUGCGGUUGACUCAGCGCUUCAGCGGAUCGAUUUAAGCCACAAUCAAAUGGAGCUUCUGGACCGGGACUUUUUUGGCAAUCUGAGGAAGCUGAUUUAUGCGAAUUUUUCGCAUAAUGCCUUGAAGCAAUGCGAUCUGCCCCACAUGCCGCUACUCAAUCGCCUCGAACUGGGCCACAAUCGAUUGGUUAAUGCCACUUUCGGAGUCUGUCCGCAACUGCAGGAAUUGAUUUUAAAUAACAACCAACUGGCUCAGCUGGAUGUGAAUGCCUUUCGUGGACUCCAUGGCCUUUUGGAGCUGCAGCUCAGCGACAACAGAUUGAACUCCAUUGGCCAGGAUACUUUUCAACCACUCAGCCAACUUCGAAUACUAAACCUCUCAAGGAACGCCCUGGAUGCACUGCGUCCAAAUGUUUUCGGAGCGAUUCAAAAUUAUGUGGUUCACCUACAACAGUUAGAUUUAUCCGUGAAUCGCAUCCGUCUGCUGUUCGACAAUCAAUUUCGGGUUCUGGCCAGGUUGCAAAUGCUAGAUGUGUCCAGGAACAGCAUAGCCAGCCUAAGUCCUGGUCACUUUGUGGGUUUAGGAUCGCUACGCAAGUUGUAUUUGCAGUAUAAUGCCAUCUUGGAAAUCAAGUCGGGUACGUUUGCUGCCCUCGUGAACCUGGAUACUUUGGAUUUGUCCUACAAUAACCUGGAGUUCCUGGAAGAGCAGAUCUUUGGCAGCAACACCUUGUCACGCAUGCGGAGACUAAACCUGAAUGGCAAUCAUAUGAAGCAAUUGCAUCCACUGGCCUUCUCUUCGCUGCCUUUUCUGGAGUACCUAAAACUGGGUCACAACGAACUCAAAUCCCUAGAUGUGCGAAUGUUUGCACCCAUGCGACGCCUUCAAAAGCUGCAUUUGGGUCACAAUCUGCUGGAAGAGAUCAAUCUUGAUGUGCUGGAAAGCCUAAGUAGCGUCCAAGAGAUCCUUGUGGACAACAACCGCCUAACAUUUCUGUCCAAGGUGAAUGUGAGCUUUCCCAAUCUGAAACGAGUCUCAAUCGAAGGAAAUCCUUGGCAGUGUCCUUGUUUCGUAAAACUACAGCAUUGGUUGGCCACCAGGGAUGUUGUCUAUCUGCGCGAUAACACGGGUUACUAUAAGGGUGAACGACCCCUUUGCAUAGUGACCAAUGUGGAUUAUUGCAUUCAAAAUCUUCAAGCAGUACGACGUCUGGGAAUUCUGGGAGAUUUCCAGGGAGAGCAAAUCAUGGCGGAUGCCUUCGAAGACGAUGCCAGUGCAGCACAAGACUGAUAAAUAUAUUUUUAAGAUUCUUUAUAAUCUUGACAACUUUCCUAAGGGUGCAAUUCAAUUAAUUAAAUGGUGCCAAAUUUUAAAAAGCCUAAAAGAUUCCCACUAUCUUAUAAUUUCAGUUUUUAAGCCCAAUAUUAUGCUAUAUAUAUCCCCAAUAAAAACUGCUUUCAAAAUCUCACCGGAGUCGCUCUUAAAUUUUAACACAAACAUUUUAAAUAUAACGCAAAAUUACACAAGAAGAUAGUUUCGGACACGGGCGUUUUGAAGAUAUAUUGGAUCGAUUUUAUCAUCUUGCGGGCAUAAUCAUGAUUCCAGCGUCUCGAAUGGGUUUUAAUUUACAAUUAAA